GGUAAAGGACGUCGUGGUGGGAAAUCUAUACUCUAUCCUCUUUUUCAUCCACGUUGUCUUCUCAUCUUCACACUCAGUUUACUUCCGUUAUCAUCAGUCCACUCAUCUACAUCCCCUUCUGAAUUCCCUCUGCUCCCAUGCAACAACUUUCUUUCCGAGUAAAAUGGAAAUGAGUAACAGCAGCAACAUGAUGUGGUUUUUCAAGCAUAGAGGGUUUGAUGAUACCAUCAUACAAAAAAUGUUCACAAAAUGCAAGCGUCUCGAAACAGCGCAUCGCGAACGAGCGGAUGAAAAUUGGGAUUAUUUGAAAACAAUUGGCAUUCAAGAAAGAAAACUUCCUUCAAUUGUUUCAAAAUGCCCCAAAAUUCUUGUACUUGGUCUUAAUGAAAAGAUUGUUCCAAUGGUUGAAUGUCUCAACACACUUGCAACUAAGCCUCAUGAAGUUGCAUCUGCUAUAGCUAAGUUCCCUCAAAUACUCUCUUGUAGUGUGGAAGAGAAGCUUUGUCCUCUUUUGGCAUUUUUUCAAACAUUAGGCGUGCCCGAAAAACAUAUCGGGAAAAUUUUAUUGUUAAACCCUAGGCUUAUUAGUUAUAGCAUUGAGACCAAGAUGACGGAAAUUGUGAAAUUUCUUGCUAGUGUUGGUCUUGAUAAAAACGGAAUGAUUGGAAAAAUUAUGGUUAAGGACCCGUAUAUUAUGGGUUAUAGUGUUGAUAAAAGGCUUCGUCCUACUUCGGAGUUUUUGAAGUCGAUAGGUUUGACUGAGCACGAUCUUCAGGUAUUAGCGUUGAACUUUCCGUCGAUUUUGAGUAGAGAUGUGGAUAAGGUUUUGGUACACAAUUAUGAUUUUUUAAAGAACUGUGGAUUUCAAGGACGACAGAUAGUUGAUUUGGUGGUUGGUUAUCCUCCUAUUUUGAUCAAGAGUGUUCGGAAUUCUUUGGAACCGAGGAUCAAGUUUUUGGUAGAUGUAAUGGGGAGAGAAGUUGAUGAAAUUAUUGAUUAUCCAUGCUUCUUUCGUCAUGGCCUGAAGAAAAAAUUAGUGUCGCGGCACAAACUCCUAAAGAAGAGGAAUUUAAAUUGCAGCUUGAGUGAAAUGCUGGACUGUAAUGAGAAGAAGUUUCACUUGAAGUUUGGCUUGUUAGAAGGACAUGCCUUGAGUAACUAGGUCUCAUCUCUAUUUUAGUUUGUUUAUGAUUUUCGAAAUUAAUUUAUAGUUGACUCGUUUUUCUUUCCGCCGAUGUUGAACACCUUCGUAUUAAAAUUGUUGUGAUUUUGUAUGUGUCUGAUAUUUUAUUGAAAUUCACGAUCUUGUGAUCUGUUGUAGCUAAGAUGAUAAGUUAUCCUUUGGAUCUAGGAUUGAGGCGUGUUUGCAUGGCAUGGGUACCAAAGGGUUCCUCUGCCAUCAUAAGACGCUGGUAAUAUAUCCAGUAACUGCUGUUGUCAUA